UAUUUUCAUCAGCUUGCAGAGCUUCACAGAUGAACCUGACAUGCUAGAUGUCACUCAGAAAAUCCAAAUUCUGUUUCAAGAUGCUGCGUUUUACUUUUAUGAACUGUACCUAAAUGAGUACGUGGAUCUCUAUGCCUCUGAGGUGCAAAACAAGAUUUUGUUGGCUAAGAGGGAAAUUAGAGCCAAAUACUCCUUUCCUAAAAUGUCAUUAUUACCACUUCCAGCCAAGUUUGUUAGGGGUAUAAUCCCUUGUGUGCUAGAGAAUAUUGGUGGUAUAAUGAAGAUCCAUGAUCCAUGUUCACCUCUAUAUGUUCCCGAAACAGUAGUUGAACGUAUAGAAGAUGUUUCAAAUGAAUUGAAAUUGCAGCAAAAUUUCGUCUCCUUUGUUUCCGAGAGGGUCGUAGAGCCUCAGAGCCAACAUCAUGUUAAUUUCUUCACUCAUGUUUUAGCUGUGUCAGGCCACGCAUCAACGCUUCUCUGGUUGAAUCUACCAGACUUGGCUCCGGAGGAAAUAAAUGUUAUGCUUUCUGAUUUGUUGAGAAUGAAAAUUAAGCCCAUUCAGCGAUGCAUCCGUGAGAUCUAUAUCGAUGUCUUGCGAUCUUUAAAGUCAACAAGACAAUCUGGAUGUUGUAACAACAUCCUAAGUGAGGAUGCACUUGACAGUGAGAGCAGCUUUUUGGAGACCAUCCUCCACAACUUGGUGGAGGUACCAACUAAUAGUAACUCUAGUCAGAGAGUUGCUUUGAAGGAUCACUUGGAGAGCCUUCAAAAGAUGCUCAAACUUUUGAGAGCCAAUAUCUUCCUUGUGCCGAUAAAAGAUCUAGAAUUUAUUCUGGGAGAUAUUGAGAUUGUGGUUAUUGAUGCCGGACUUCUGGUUUACUCGUUACAUGAAAACGGGGAGGAGAAGGAAGACAAGGCACUGGGAGAACUGAACCUAAAAAAAGUUGUUGAUUUUUCGGGCAACAUUCAACGUCUAAGCAUAGAGAUCUACCUCACCAUUCGGAAGGCGUUUCAAUCAAAUUUGCCGAGGAUUCGUGGACUAGGCUAUGUUGAUUGCAUUUUGAACAACCUGAAGGAGGUCCAAACCCGCCACUCAGAUUCACUAUCUUCUGUCAUGGACAAACUUCAAUUAAUUCAGAAGGAAUUUGACAGCUUGCAGCCUUUUGUAGAGGAUGUUGCAGAACAGCAACACAAUGUCCUCCCCGAAAUUCAACACUGUGCUACACAAUUGAUUGGCAAAGCACAUGAGGUAGAAUACAUAGUUGAUGCUUUUAUAGGCAAAGAAGCUCCUGUCUGGUGCCUCGAGCUUUGGCUCUUGCAUAUCGUGGAGGAGCUUACUCUUAUCCGAGCAGAGGUAGCAGAGAUUCGAGAAAAGAAAAUGGAUUUGGAUGCAUUGAACACUGUCCCAGCUCAUACAUCAAAUUUGGCAAGGUCCCCAAUGAUGAAUGAAGAAAUUGUUGGUUUUGAGGAUGUCAUAGAAAAGUUAAGGGACCAACUAACAAAAGGAACCAAAGGGCGAGAUGUCAUCUCAAUUGUCGGUAUGCCAGGUCUAGGCAAGACGACUUUGGCCUACAGACUCUACUCUGACAGGUUAGUUGCUUCUCACUUUGACAUUCGUGCACAGUGUUGUGUGUCUCAAGUAUAUUCACGUAAGGACUUGUUAAUGGCGAUUCUACGUGAUGCUAUCAGUGUGAACUUUGAGUGUAGCGGAAAACAACCUGAUGAAUUAGCUGAUCAGCUUCGUAAAACUUUACUUCCCAAAAGAUAUCUGAUUCUUGUUGAUGAUAUGUGGGAAACUAGAGUGUGGGAUGAUCUAAUAGGUUGUUUCCAAGAUGCCAAUAAUGGAAGUAGAAUCAUUCUAACAACCCGAAAUAUUGAAAUAGCCAAUUACACUAGAUUUCGAAGUGAUCCCCUUCAACUUCGUAUGUUCAACGAGGAUGAAAGUUGGGAGUUACUCCGAAAAAAGUUGUUUUGUGAAGAAAGUUUCUCCCCUCUCCUAAGUAAAAUUGGGAAAGAAGUAGCCAAAAAGUGCGAACACCUGCCUCUUUCAGUUGUUUUGGUUGCUGGUAUUCUGGCUGAGAUGGAGAAGAAAGAAGAAUGUUGGGAACAAUUUGCCAACAAUUUAGGUCCCCACAUUCACAAAGACUCGAGGGCCAUUAUAGAACAAAGUUAUCAGAUUUUACCCUAUCAUCUCAGGUCCUGCUUUCUUUACUUUGGAAGAUUUUUAGAGGAUAGUGUGAUUCCUGUUUCAAAGUUAACACGGCUGUGGAUCUCCGAGGGAUUUGUAAGAAGUUGUAAAGGCAAGAGCUUGGAGGAUAUUGCAGAAGGCUAUUUGGAGAAUCUGAUCGGAAGAAAUCUAGUGAUGGGAACUAAGUGGAAUUGUCGAGGUAAGAUCAAAGCAUGUCGCGUUCAUGACUUAUUGCAUGAUUUCUGCAAGGAGAGAGCAAAGGAAGAGAUGCGUCUCCUAUGGCAAAAAUGGGAUGAAAAUGCCAAUCCUUCUUCACGCUUCUCUAGUGACGUGCAACUAGCUCAUCGGAUGUGCAUUUAUGGUGAAGGGAAUCGUGCUGGAAAUUGGAGCUCGUGCUUGUCACAUGUUGUCUCUAUAAUUUUGCUAAACUAUGGCCUCGACACACACAUUUUCCACGGCUUCAAGUUUCUGAAGGUGUUGGAUUUGGAGCUCACUUAUAUUCUUUCUUUCCCAACUGAUCUAGUUUACUUGAGAUAUUUUGCUGCACAAACUCCGGGAUUGUCGAUUUCAUCAUUCAUAGAGAAUCGUUGGCUCCUUGAAACUCUGAAAUUACGCAAUGAUCGAAAAAAAAUAUCACUACCCAUUACAUUCUUGAAGAUGGCUAAAUUGAGACAUCUGCAUAUUUCCAAUUUUAGCUUCACCAGAGGAUUUGCAGAAAAAAUAACUGAGAACACCGAAGAACUUCAUUAUCUGAAAACUCUUUGCACUCCAUCUUUUUCUUGUGCCCAAGAAGCGGAAUCCAUAUUGAGAAAAACACCUAAUCUUCGGGAACUGAGAUGCGCAGUCGAAUGUGUUGACAACUUUCAGUACUAUGUAUUGAAUUUUCCAGCACAGCUUGAAACACUGAAGAUUCGUCUUUGUUACACACCUGACACUAAAACAAGCCCCUUUUGCAUCUCCGCGCCAAAUCUAAGAAACUUGACACUGAAGGACUUUCUCCUGCAUCCUCAGCACUUACCAAAAAUUGCUUCGCUUCAGAACCUUCAAGUGCUCAAACUGAAAGGCAUUCGCUUUGAUAAGGACUGGGAAGUGAGCGAUGACGAGUUCCCUGAACUCAAAGUCUUGAAACUACAACAGAUAGAUCACUUACGGGAAUGGAUUGUUGCUGAUGAUGCCUUUCCUAAGCUUGAAUGUUUGGUUUUGCGCAAAUGCCACUGUCUUAAGGAGAUCCCUUCUUGGUUCGCGGAGAUCUCUUCUCUAAAGUCCAUUACGGUAGUGGAUUGCCAAAAAUCUGUUGAAGAGUCAGCUAGGGAUAUUUGGAAUACACAAGUUGAAGAGUAUCAGAAUUCAGCCUUCGAGGUGUUCAUCUCCGACAGAAAACCAAAACAGUUCUGGUUCAGAUGAUGGUGAUGGUGAUGAGGACGACGAGGACGAGGAGGAAUAGAAUGAUUAGUAAGUGUUAGAGUUUGUAACCCGAAUUUUGUUGAUCCGGUUCUGAAAAGUUUGCGGUGCGACCCAUGUUUGUGAUUUUUCAUGGGGUAUGUGGUGGUUGCAUAGGGAUGGACCUGUAUGUUUUUUGGCUUAGAAUUUAUUUGUAUGCACGUGUUAUAUAAGUGCGUUUAGUGGGUCGUUUUGGACGUUCAGAAAAUACGUCAUUCUCCUCAUUAUAUUCUCCAUCCAUUAUAGUGAAAUUCCUCUGCCUUCCCCUAUG